CAAAAUCAAUUCAAUUGGCGGGCAUCUCCAGUAGCGCCCUAAGAAGAAACCUGGCCAGUCAGUCCCAGUCCGUCUCCAACCGGCGUCUGCUCCCUUCCAUUUCGCCGGCAAUGGCGUCGCCGUCACAAUCCGCUCUCAUCUCCGCCCUCGAAACAGUCGAUUCAAAAGGUAUAUUCUCCCUGGUCUCCGAUUUCCUCAAGCCUUUCUCCGAUAUCAAAAAGCCCAAGAUAUGCAAGAAAUCAGCCAAGCCUAGCGACGAUUCUUCUACAAUCCGUUCCUUAGCAAAGGAGUUUCUCUCUUUUCUCAAUCGUGCUCUCUCUAUUCUCCCUAAGCGCCUCAGUGAUCCUUCUAAACUGGGCAAAGAUCUCGAUUUCGCAAAAGAAUUAUUUGAAACCUAUAAGCUAUGUUUAAGUUGCUUGGAAUCAUUGACGUCGCAGCUUUCGUGCAAGCCCUAUACUGUCGAUGUCCAGAGGAUUCGAAUGGUGCAUUGCAUGGAGGAUUGGGGACUCUUCAAAGACGCGGAGGCAGAGGGAUUAAGGAUUUUGGAGAGGCUUCGGGAUAUUGAUUGUAGAUCGAAGGCUGGGAAAUUGGAUUGUCGUGUUAUUCAUGAUAAGGAUAAAGGUGGUGGCGAUGAAGAUUUUUGUUUGUUAUUCGUGGAGGUCGUUGCAACGCUUGUUAAGUGUACGGCAAGUGGUCGUAGUAAGGAAAGUGGCGACUAUAGUAGGGUUCUUGGUUUGGUGGAGGAGGUUAGACCAUGGUUCAGGUUAAUAGAUGCUAAGGUAUCAGAGAAGACUCAGAGAGCACUGGUUACAUAUCUAGGUAAAUGUACUAUUUUCUUGGUAGAGGAGCUAGUUUAUUUUGGUGAGAGUCUUGUAAGUCACUUCUGCCUCACAACGUUUGCUGAAUAUGCCAAGUCAUCCCUGAGAGAUCAGAUUUACAAGUUAGCUCGUCGGAUUUGCUCCACUCUUUUCUCUCUACAACGGGAACAUCAUACAUCUAUGCUCAUCACAAACAUACUAGCAUGUCUCUUGAAGUCUCUUACCCUAGAAUGGAAGGAUGAAACAGAAUGUACAGUUGUUGAGUUUCUUCAGCUCAUCUGUUAUUGUGCAAAUAAAUGUCAGAGUGCAAGUCCCGACUGUUGUUGUGUCUUUGCUAGACAUUUUGAGGAAAUGAUAGGUGAUUUCCACCAGGAAACAACACCAUUGAGAAUGAAUCUGAGGCUUUAUGCUGUUGGGUUGAAAAUACUUUCUAAACUACCCAGAGGUGAAACUCAUGGCUCUGCAUUUAGUAUUUUACUUGAUGAUGAAGAUACUAUGCAGAGUUUGGUUAGCUUAAAUGGUUCCCUAGGGAGUUACUUUUGUAUUGACUGCAGAAAGGGUAACGGGUCCUGCAGCAUUGAGCAAAAAGAUUUUGUUGGCCAGCAAUGUUCACAUUGGAAAUCUAAUCAUGAGCAUGAGGUCCCUUCUCUACUGAGCUGGACUGGGGCUUACCUGUCCUCUUUCUUGGAUGCAGUUAAGUUCUUAUGCCAGCCACUUGCUGAAUCUGUAAAUUCCGAAAGAAAAGAAAUCCUUGCCGAGGAUAAAGGUUCUUCUGUUUUGUAUAGUAUUCAGAAUACUUUGCAUCAGUUCUGUGAUGUCUUUCUUUUUUGUCGAAGACGUGGAUAUGAUGCUAAGAGAGAUGAAUGCAAUGAGAAUGUUAAUAUGCUAUUAACCCUUGUUGUGGCCGCUUUUACCCUGUCUUUUAGAACAAGGGUGGACGUGAAGAGGAGUACGGAUUUGAUCAAGGACAUUAUCUCUAGCACUUGGAUUCAACCUUUUGCUUUGAAACAUUUAUUUGCUUCUCUUAACAACAUUGGCCUAAUUUUGUAUAGAAAUAAGCAAAUAAAAGAGGCUUCAAAGGCAUUGAAGUUGAGUUGUAGAGCAUCCUGGACCUGUGUUAGACAUUUUUGUCAGAUUCUUGACGACAAGUCCAGGCCAUCAGAUAAUGAAUUUUCUGAAGACACUGUUCUAAAUUUUGUUAAUGAUGUGAUUACGAGAAGUGCUUUCCUUGUUGAUAUGCUCUAUCAACGUGGCAUGUAUAAGGUAGAAAAAGCAAUGACCGAGAUUCUCAAGAACUGGUCUAUGGCUGCAAAAUUAUUUAAUAGGUUGCCAGUUCCUGUGCAAUUGGUUAAACAAUGGGUUAAGAUGCAAUGCAAGCAUCAUAAGAAUGCAGUUCUCACAAAAAGCACAUUGACCUUGAAUUGUUUAUUGCGAUCUUUUGUGAUGAUGUCAAAGGCACAAAUUGGUGAUCUCAUGGAGCAGGAACUUGUUGAAUAUGAGGAAAUGAGCAGUCUAUAUCCAGAAUUUUGUCAAUCAUUACAAAGGAAGAUCUUGAGUACCCUCCUAAGGGAUGUAUACAUUACACCGGAUCAUAGACUAGAAAAAGCUAGAGUGUUCAUGAAAAAGGCGAGGGUAUUGAGGUUUUGUGAAACUGUAUGUAUGGAUGAUUGCAUCCAAUAUUUAUCAGAAGCAAUAUCUACAAUGAUUGAGACUGCUGGUGGAGCUUGCAGCUCUGGAAUUCUUCAUUCUCAUCAGUUAGCUGUGGCAUAUUGCUUGCGUGCACUCUGUACUCAUGAGGCUGUACCAAAUUCAAAGCAGCAAGUCUUGCAAGAUAUUGCUUCUGCGUUAGGCAUAUGGUUGGAAAUUUCAAAUCUGGAUUCCUUGCUAGAUGAUCAACGCUUGAUACUUUCCGAGUAUAUGUUGCUGCUAUUAUGUAAUGCUUUUGAUUUGUUAUCAAUCAAGGGUUGUAUGGAUUACAACCAUAGCAUAUACAGUCUUAUGAUUAGAUUAUUCAAAUGGAAAAGUGUUCAAUUGGAGAAGUUGUUGGCCAUUCUGUGGGAAAGCAGAAGGAUGAGUCAUGCAAUGUGUAUUGCGCCAACAAAUGACAUAAUUAUAGCACAACUAUCCGAGCAUCUCGGUGAGCUCCCCAAGAGUUUUGAUUUUUGGACAAACUGUCUGAAGACAUUGCCAGGCAUGCUUGUUGGAUUCCAGCAGAAUUUCUCGUUUUUAUGCCCAAAUUAUACCCAGAGUUCUUGUAAACACAAAAAAUCUGUUCGAUUAUAUGUGACGGUCGAUGAGGUUAAAGAAACUGCCUCGAAACUCAUAUCUCAUAUUCCUGCAUGCAAGAGUUCUAUUUUCUUGGCUGGACAUCUUUACUAUGAUUUAUGUGAAAGACUUAUGUCAGAAGGCUGUCUGAUUGAGGCUCUCUCGUGUGCAAAAGAAGCUCAUCGUCUACGUUCUAAACUAUUCCAAGAGAAGUUUAUGUACUCUGUUGAGCAGCAUGUUGAAAAGGAUUCUGAAAUUACUUAUGUUAGUCAGAAGCCUGCAUAUAGCAUUAAGAAUCUCCAGAAAAAUGGAUCAGCUGCUCGUGAAGUGUGGUCAUUUGAUAAAAUAUCAUGGGACGUGGAAGGUUGCUAUCUUAGUACUUUUAAUGUACUUCAGUGUUAUCUUGAAAGCACUCUUCAGGUUGGUCUUGUUCAUGAGAUCAUUGGAAAUGGUUCUGAGGCUGAAACACUUUUACAGUGGGGAAAAAGUAUCUCCUGCUUGCAAGGCUUGCCACUGUUUGAAGUUGCUUUCUCUUCUGCUUUAGGAAAAGUAUACAGAAAGAAAGAGUUAUGGAGUUUAGCACAAAAGGAACUUGAAGGAGCCAAACAGAUAUUAAAGGAUAGCAUUACGUCUUGUUUGAAGUGCAGAUUGGUGCUUGAAGUAAGAGUUCAUCAACAUCUUGGGGAUUUGUUCCGCAAUAUGUAUGUGAAUGCUAAAGGGAAUAUAUCUGAAGAGCGAUUAAUAAAUGCAGAAGAGUUGUAUAAUUUAGCUCUUGAGAAAUUGAAUCUUUCUGCAUGGACAAAUUCUAUUAGUGGUCUAGAUGAAGAAAAAUAUCUUUCAUCUUUGACAAUUCAAGUGGAAAGGCCAAAGGCCAGAAAGGAUGGUAAAAAGUGUAAAAAGACUACCAGUGCUCCUAAGUCUUUCCAAACGGAUCAGUGCGUAAAUCAGAGCAAUAUGAGGCUAACUCGCUCCAGAUGUCGGUCGACUCAGGGUCAAGGCGCAACCAAUUCUAAAGAAGUAGAAGUUGACCUUUCUUUGCAUGUGGAAAACAACAUCCCUGAUAUUGGCCAAAAGCCAUUGCGCUUGCAAGUAAAUAGCGCACAUACUUUCGAAUGUGGAGCAUCAUGCAAAAAUGGGAAAGUUGGAUGUUGGCAAUGUCUCCCAAUGGAACUACUAGAAGCUGGACAUAUGAAUAAUUUCAUAUAUCUCAAAUGGGAGUUUGUUCGUAGACGGCUUGUGUUGAAACAACUUUCUGGCUUAGGUAAGUGCUUGGAGAUUCGUGGUCAAAUUCAUCACACACAUGAAACUAUUUUGAAAAGCAUAUCCAUCUUAGUAAGCAGAAAUCUAUUCUUUCAAGCGCACGGUGCUAUUGAACCCUCAGUUUUGCUUAAUUUAGUUGGAAAGGAAGUCCAUGCAGAUGUGUUUGCAGUUGAGAGGGCAUCACUUCUCUAUAACAUUUGUUGGUUCUCUUUGAAGAGUUAUACAUAUGACGAUACCAAGAUUAGUUGCUGUCCUUUGUCUCAUGUUCACUCUGAAACAUUGGUUUCUUGGCUGAGGGUUGCUCUUGUACUCUGCUGUGAGGUUCCUGUACUUUUCCAGAAGGUUUCAAGGUUGCUUGCUGUUAUGCAUGUAAUUUCUUCAUCAAGUGAGCUAUUUUCUUUGCCAUCUUCCAACAAAAUACUAACAGACAGUCACUGGGCUUCAUAUUUUCAUCAAGCUUCGAUUGGAACUCAUCUUAAUAACCAGUUCUUUCCAUAUACGAUUGGAAGAUUUUGCGUACAGGAUCUUGAUUUUGCACAGGAUUUUGAUACAGGAGGACGAAGAUUAAGGUUAAAGUUGUUUAGAAGGGGACUUUUUUCUAGUCCAGAUCUUGAAGAAUAUGUGAGAACGUUCUUUGAUGACCUUCCAUCCGUGACUGUGGUUUGUAUUAGUUUGAUUGAAGGAGAUCUUGCUUGUUUACUACAACAAAUUCUCCAUUUUUCUUCGUCUGUUCAUGCAUGGUUCUUGAUGUCACAUUUAAAUUCAAAGCGUCAGCCACUUGUUUUACUACUGCCGGUGGAGACAAUCUUAAAAGAAGGUUCAGAAGAUUAUUCAAAUCCCCAAUCAGUUGAUAUAUGCGAGAGAAAUGAUUUGAGUAAGCAUUGGCAAUGUCCGUGGGGUUCCUCAGUCAUUGAUGAAAUUGCCCCAGCAUUCAGAAGUAUAUUAGAGGGGAAUUAUUUAUCAUCUUCAGAGUUUCCUUCCGAGGAUACAAAAGCAAAUAGGAGGUUAUGGUGGAAACGGAGAACAAAGCUUGAUGAUUGCCUUGGUAAAUUAUUGGGAACUAUUGAAGAUUCCUGGUUGGGCCCUUGGAAAUUUAUGCUUUUGGGGGACUGGUCAAAUAGAAAGCAUGUUGAUUUUGUACUUAAUUCAUUGGUGCUGAAUUUGAAAUCCAAAUGCAAGCUGGACGUCAAUGAGAGUCUAUUGAAAGUUAUUUUAGAAGUUUCAGAGGAAGUUCUAGAGGCAUUUGAUUCAAAAUUGUAUUCGAGGAAGGGUUGCAUUGUUGGUAGAGCAAGUUUUUAUGAUAAAGAAAGGUCUAAUGAAUUGGACCAAGUUUCUGGAUUGGCCUUUAAAUUAAUACAGGAUGCGAAAAAAGAGCUCCAAGGGGAAGACAAUACCAGCAGAGAGCCCAUAAUCCUUGUCUUGGACUAUGAUGUACAGAUGCUUCCAUGGGAGAAUAUACCUGUACUUCGAAACCAGGAGGUUUAUCGCAUGCCUUCUGUUGCCAGUAUUUGUUCAACACUCGAUGGAAGAUGCCGUCAGCAAAAACAAGACGGUGGGAUCAUGGCUGCCUUUCCUUCAAUUGAUCCCUUGGAUGCUUUUUAUUUAUUGAACCCUAGUGGUGAUCUCAACAACACACAAAUUGAAUUCGAGAAUUGGUUUAAAGAACAAAAUCUAGAGGGGAAGGCUGGAUAUGCACCCACAUCCACAGAGUUGAUUGAAGAAUUGAAAUGCCGCGACCUCUUCAUAUACUUUGGCCAUGGAAGUGGAGCACAGUAUAUUCCCAAGCAAGAGAUUCAGAAAUUGGAUGUAUGUGCUGCAAGUCUCCUAAUGGGAUGUAGCAGUGGUUCCUUGACAUUAAAUGGUUAUUAUGUCCCACAAGGGACUCCAUUAUCUUAUUUGAAGGCAGGUUCUCCUGUCAUUGUGGCCAACCUAUGGGAAGUGACUGACAAAGACAUUGAUCGUUUUGGGAAGGCAAUUCUUGAAGCUUGGUUGAGAGAAAGGUCGUGUGCUCUACCUAGUUCUGCUCAGUGUGACAUUGUCACAAAAGAGUUGGAGGCCAUGAAAAUAAGUUCUAAACGUGCCAAUAAGAAAGUUACAAGUAAAAGUCUACCUGCAACAUGUGAAAGUAGUGACUCAUCAAGUAGAGGCCAUUCUGUUCAUAGUCGAAUGAUCGGUUCAUUCUUAUGUGAGGCUCGUGAAGCUUGCACUCUACGUUACUUAAUAGGAGCAUCACCGGUUUGUUAUGGUGUUCCUACAGGCAUAAAGAAGAAGAAAGACCCGUCUUAAAUAGUCAUGGGCGCAACCUGCUGUAAUAAGCUCAAGAAGCAUAAAGAUUGAACCUUCCAUGCACCAAGUCUUGUGAAGCUCUGAUACUCCAUUCCUUUAUAGGAGAGUACUGACAGUCUCUUGCUGCAUUCCAACUCCCAUCAGGUAUCAGAAGACGCAAAUGUCUAUCUCGUCACGCGAUAGAACCUUGUUCUUGAACUCACAAGUUUCAUUUGGUAGACAUGGGAAUUUGCAGAAGGGUAUAACUGCAAUAUGAGAAAGAGUGCAAAGGUAACGUUUGUUUAUAGCAGUUUUUGUUUUUCUGUGGUCCUUUUAAAGCAUAAAGCUAUCACCUUUUCUGGCUGUUUUUUCUUUUUACUUCUGAAGUUGUUAUACCCACAACCUUCCCUCGUUAAGGUUUCUACUAUUCACGAAGCUUUAUUGUAAAGAACUGGAUAAUAUUCAAUUACUGAUUUGUAAAUGAAAAUAUAUUUUGUAUC